AUGGUGAGUCAAGGUCUCAUUUUGGGUCACAUUGUGUCUAAAAAAGGAAUUGAGGUAGAUAAGGCAAAAAUUGAUGUUAUUCAAAGCUUACCUUAUCCGACUUGUGUUCGGGAAGUUCAUUCUUUUUUGGGCCAUGCAGGUUUCUACCGAAGGUUCAUCAAGGAUUUUUCAAAGAUAACAAGACCAAUGUGCCAACUCUUGCAAAAGGAGGUCGAUUUCGAGUUCAAUGAGGCGUGCAAAGAAGCUUUUGACAAGCUCAAAGAGUUGCUUACAUCCGCUCCCAUCAUGCAAGCACCAAAUUGGGAUCUCCCUUUUGAGAUCAUGUGUGAUGCAAGCAACUAUGCGAUAGGCGCCGUUUUGGGUCAAAAGAAUGGGAGGGCCUCCCACGUGAUCUAUUAUGCAAAAAGCUAUCCCGACACAUUCACACGUGCUCAAAAAGACAAGUUGAAAAGUGAUGCAAAAUACUAUGUGUGGGAUGAACCUUAUUUGUGGAAACAUUGUCCCGAUCAAAUCAUUAGGCGAUGUGUGCCCCAACAAGAAAGUUGUGAGCGGUGCCAAAGGACGGGAAACAUUUCGCAAAAGAACCAAAUGCCCCAAAACCCAAUCCUUGUUUGUGAAAUUUUUGACGUAUGGGGGAUUGAUUUCAUGGGCCCAUUUCCCGUCUCAUUUGGCAAUGCUUAUAUUUUACUCGCGGUUGACUAUGUUUCUAAAUGGGUUGAAGCCAAAGCCACAAGAUCGGACGAUGCCAAAACGGUUAUUGAGUUUUUAAAGUCUAAUGUUUUUGCGAGAUUUGGUGUGCCUAGGGCUUUGAUUAGUGAUAGAGGGACGCACUUUUGCAACAAAAUGAUGGAGGCUCUAUUGAAGAAGUAUCACGUGACUCAUCGUGUCUCUACUGCCUAUCACCCUCAAACGAAUGGUCAAGCGGAGGUCUCGAAUCGUGAAGUGAAGUCUAUUCUAGAAAAAACGGUGAACCCGACAAGGAAGGAUUGGAGUUUGAGACUUGACGAUGCCUUAUGGGCGUAUCGGACCGCUUAUAAGACCCCGAUUGGAAUGUCGCCCUUCAGAUUGGUUUUCGGAAAACCUUGUCAUCUUCCCGUCGAGUUAGAGCACCGAGCAUUUUGGGCGGUCAAGAAAUGCAAUUUCGACAUUGACGAGGCUGGAAGGCAUAGGAAACUUCAACUCCAAGAGCUAGAAGAAUUGAGAAACGAAUCCUAUGAAAACGCAAGGAUUUAUAAGGAGAAAACGAAGCUCUUCCACGACAAGUCCAUCACCCGGAAGAAUUUUGAACCGGGACAUAGGGUCUUACUUUACCAUUCACGGUUGAAGUUAUUCCCGGGCAAAUUAAGAUCAAGGUGGAUUGGCCCAUUUGUUGUAAUAAAGACUUUUGACCAUGGAGCGGUCGAAAUCCAAAGUGAAGAAACGGGACAAAUUUUCAAAGUCAAUGGGCACCGAUUAAAGCCAUUCUAUGAAGGUUUUAAUGCAAGUGUUAUUGAAAUCAUCCACUUGGAUGUCCCGUCAUUUUUGAAGAAACCAAGAGUUCCUAGGUGUUUGGGGCAUUUGGGAUCAAGAACUAGUGAAGAAACAGAAGAAAACAGAGAAAAAUCGAUUUCCGGGAGCAGGGAUCUGCGCGACCCGCGCAUAGGUGCGCGGCUGGUGUGCGCGGCCGGUCUUCAACUCGCGACAAAGAUCGAAAUCCCAAACUGCAACAUGUGGUUUAAUGAGUUGACCAACAUUGACCGGGUGUUGACCACACUUGAAUAUGGAUUGAAAACCUCUAGCAACUCUCCUUCUUCAUUUCAUUCUCUCAAAACCCUCUCAUUCUCUCUCAAACUCUCAAGAACACAUACACCCACUUUUCACAAAAAAUUGAUUUCCCGGAGUUCCACCGGUCGGAAUACGACGAGACCACCACCAUUCUUCACCAUUUUCCGUGCUCUACAAACCCCACCUGAAGUUUACUCCGAUCCAUCGCCGGGUCUAGGGGCGCCACCACCACCCAACUCGCCGCUUUCCGGCCAUUUUCCGGCCAACUCCCACCACCUCUCGCAAAUCCGACACCACCAAAGUGUUUCUUUUUCGGGGAUCUUUACAUCUAACCAAACAAAACCUCAAAAUCUCACAAAAAAAUUUUCCAUAAUUUUUGAGCCACCACGCGCCGCCGCCGGAUUUUUCACACAAAUCAAGUUGAAAAUAUCCGUUCAAUGA